AUGUUCUUCUCUACCUCCACUGCUGCCACUUCACCAUCUCAGCCAUACUUCUUCAUUCACCUCAUCUCAUUGGCAUCUCAAAUCUUCAUCAACAUCACCAUUGCCGCCACCUCACCGAAAACCAUCAAACAACUCCUCUUCCCAGAUCUCAACAUUGCCUACCGUCAAUCGAGAUUUCUCAAGUCGAAAUUGCCGGUCUCAGCAAUGAAGAAAUUUGAUGUCACCCUCCAUCAAAUUUUCAACCCGUCAUCCACUCAACUCAAUUUCCCUCUCAAUCCGCUCUGGCUCUCUCAACUCCUAUCAUCAACCGACCCACUCGCCAGACGCCUUUUUUCCAUUCUCCAACCGGCCGUUUACUUGGUCCUCAAUCACUUCCGCUUCUUUGCGCCCUCCAACAUCCGCUUCCCUCAAGCUUGCUUUUCGGCUGCUCAGCAGUAUGCAAGGGCUUGCUAUUAUCGCCUAUUCACCAUUGCGCGCAUUCAGACGCUCCUCAGAUAUUCUCGCUCACUCCAAGCAAUCCGCACAUCCACCAGUUACCGUGCAUCGAGAUUAGCUGAGCCAUCUGACCGAACAAUUCAGCACGAUCACAAACUCCCCAUCGGCUGUAAUUUGUCUAACUCCACCCUUUUGCGACCAUUCAAGUCGCCAUCUCCAAUUUUCAUCAGAAGGUCUUGUCCACCUUCUGAUUCUUACCUACGAAGUCUCAACGAUCAAGCAGAGUCUCGAAACCUUCAGCCACGCUACACUCACCCGGACGAUUACCUUGAUCGACCCAAUCGAAACCGACGAUCUUACCUCGUGAAUGCAUUCAGACAACGCAUCGCACGGCACGCUAAGACACUUGUGGUUGACGAUGAGGAUGAUUUUGGACCGAUCGAUCCUAGUUGGCUUUGA